AUGACUGAUUCGUUUGGAUAUGGAUAUGCAGCACUCAUUGCAUCCGGAGGAGUGAUGGGCUAUGUCAAAGCACAUACGUUUAUUAUUGUGCCAUCGUGUUAACCCAAUUGAACAGAGUAAAUUGCUUUUGAGUCAAAUGGAUUGCAUCAUAUUUCCAGUCUUGUGACAAUGAACUGGUUGGUAUAUGUGUGUGACAAUGAACUGGUAGCUCGGUUUCCACUCUCUCCUGUAGGUCUUUUGGUGUCUCCAGGCAGCGUUCCCUCCUUGGCUGCAGGUCUUCUCUUAGGGGACCUAGCUGGGGUUGGUGCCUACCAGAUAUCGCAAGAUCCUGAAAAUAUUUGGGUGUCUCUAGGUUAGUAAACCUGUGGUGUUGUCCCUCAGUGUUUUAUGAAUGUAUUCCUCGGUUAUGGUACAGUUUCUGUCCCAUUUAGACACCCUAACCAAGUGUGCAUGCAUACGUCUCAUCGCCCAGACCUCUCUUGAUCACUACUGACUUCUAGCUACUCAUGAUAAUUGGUUUUACAGUAGGCCUACUGUAUUGAGUAAUAUCCCCCUGUAUCACACAGUCACAUCAGGAGCCAUGGCAGCUGUGAUGGGAAAGAGAUUCUACGGCUCCAGGAAGAUGAUGCCUGCUGGAAUGAUGGCAGCAGCA